AGUCAUCAGUGAGGAUUUACGACUGGUCAACAAAGGCACGUGAUUCCCGAACGCUCUCCCAUAUUUGGCCGCAUACCUGGCAAAGUACAGUAGGGCUUCAUUGCUUAUAAUUCAUGAUUGCGUCCAUAAAUCGUGCAAGCACACAGGAUUAUAGCGACAAAGAUCUACAAAUCGAGGCUUUAAAAAUCCAAGCAAAUGAGCUCUUACUUUGUAAACUCGUUCUCAGGGCGCUACCCAAAUGGCUCCGACUAUCAGUUACUAAAUUAUGGGACUAACGGCGCUGUGAGCGGUUCCUUCAGAGACCCUGGCACCAUGCACUCCGGGUCUUUCGGCUACAACUACAAUGGCAUGGACCUAACCGUGAACCGCACCAACACCGGCAGCCACUUCGGGGCGGUGAGAGAGGAUGCCCGGGGAUUCGGGCCGGACGCCCGCUACAGACAGACACCCAACUGCUCGCUCUCCUCGCCAGACCCGGUGCCGCCGUCGUGCGCCAGUGCCAGCCGAGAGCCGCUGGAACUAAAAAGCCCCUCUCCCCCGUGUGACCGGAGCGCGACCUCGGCCGGCAACAGCCAGCUCAACAAAAGCAACAACGCUCAUUUCACAGAGAUUGAGGACUCCACCGUCGCCUCCGAGACCGAGGACGGGGCACACAGCAGCGGCGGCGGCUCCAGCGCGGCACCGCGGGCGCAGCAACAGCAGCAGCAGCAACCGCAGCAGCAGCACCAGGAACCCAACGCCACCUCCUCUACUCCAACAUCAAAUGAUUGCCAAACGCCACAAAUAUUCCCCUGGAUGCGGAAACUGCACAUAAGCCAUGAUAUGACUGGACCUGACGGGAAAAGGGCCCGAACUGCGUACACCCGCUACCAGACGCUAGAGCUGGAGAAAGAGUUUCACUUCAAUAGGUACCUAACCAGACGGCGGAGGAUAGAGAUAGCCCACGCCCUGUGUCUUUCCGAAAGACAGAUCAAAAUCUGGUUUCAGAACCGCAGGAUGAAGUGGAAGAAGGACAAUAAACUGAAAAGCAUGAGCCUCGUAACAGGAGGGAGCGCCUUCCACAACUGAAUAACUUUUUUGGGGGGAAUAAGAGUAAUAAUCAUCAUCAUCAUAACAAUAAUCAUAAUAAUGAUAAUUAAAGGUGGGGGAAAAAACAGAAAAAAGAAAGAAAUCCAUGAGUACUGUAAAGCUAUUGAAUGCGCAGCACCUUCCAGCAUGCUAUUGUGAUAGAAAAAUAAGUAUUCUGUGGUAUUAAAAUGCCAUUUUUUUAGUUUACUGUUGUUGUAUUAUGAUAGCUUAGAUGUCCAAUUUGAAAAAUAAGAUGUAAAUAUUAUUCGGGGUAUUCAUUGUGUUAAAUGCUCUUUUUGUCUCUCUCUCUCUCUCUUGAAGGUGUUAAAAAACUUGAGCUCUUUAUUGUAACUUCUUGACGGUCUAACAGGAGUAAAUCCAUUGUACAGUUAAAAAAAAACAACCAAAACAUUGAAAAAAAAACAAGUUUCCAAACCAUAUGCUGCUCUUCAUUGAAUGUAAUGUAUUCCGGUGGCCAUUCAAAGCGCUUUAGUGUAACUUUUACUGCUAUUUUUGAUGGUUAUCUUGUGGCCAGAUCUCAUAAACUUUCAUCAACAAGCCAAUGUGUAGCUCUAGGACAUUUUGUGCAUCUGUUAUUAUUAUUGUUUAGAGCUAAUUAUGAGCAAUGAAAAUGUAUUCAACCUGUCAAUGUGAUAAUUUUUAGUGCAAAGGGUUAUUCUGUGGAUAGGCAGUGAUGUAAGCGUUUACUUUUUUUGUUUUCGCCAAUAAGCUUUUUGUAUUUGUAAGUGAACUCAUAGCGCUUGAAAAUAAAGUUUCUCUCAAUUGCUUUGAA